UCAUCUAGAGAUUCGGAAUUGCAAAUGAAGUUUCUGAAAAAUCAACUUUGAUUGCUAGAAAGAAGAAGAUCUCGAUACAAGUGAUCUCAACCUCAACUUGACAGGAAAAUCAAAGAUCAAUCGAUCCUACGAUCCUUCCAAAGAAAGUGUCAGAUCUCAAGCAGAUCAAUGAAAAGUGUCACAUAUCCUCGAGAAAGCUUGAUCAAUGAAAGGCGUCCCAAAGAAAGUGUCAGAUAUCCUCGAGCUCAAACAGAUCAAUGAAAAAUGAUCCAAAUCUAGAACCCCAAGUUUAGUACAUCGAGUUGUAGUUUUGGUUUUCUUAAUUCCCUCAAAGAUAUCUUCCUGUUUUUCAAUCGUGAUCAUUUUUGCAAGUCAAUCUCAAUUACCAAAGGACAGUGCCACUUUUGACUUGAUUCGACGAAACACUAAAACAGCAACUAUCUGAAAAAAGCUCCUAGGAAGUUGUUUUGAAAGCAAAUUUAUGAACGACCGCUACCACAACAAGUACGAUAAGUAUAUGCGCAUACGCAUAGCCACAUACCUAUCACUAUUUUCAUUACACAUAGUUUUCCUGUUGACGAAAAACAAAAAGCCCGAAGUUUUUCUACUUGAAGCUAGCUCAUCAAUUUCCCUUGAAGAAUUUCGUUUUCGUUUAAAAGACCAAUAACACACCAUUAACUAGAAGGAAACCUUUGUCGUUACUCCCUCCCUAGUGCAACAUAUUGUUUGAUCCUCUCAUUUCACACGGGAUACGAACCACACGCACAUCGACUAGAACUAGAAGGAAAUAAGUAGUAUCUAUAAAGAUAUCACGAGACAACAAGUGAAGCGCUAAGCCUACCAAGUAGAACUCAACAUAGAUUUUCACACAAGAACAAUUAAUUUAGCAGUUAGUUAGAUUUGCCUCCCUCACAACCCAGCGCAAAAGCUAGCAUCAAAGAAAAAAAUGUCGUCUUUGUUUGGAGCACUCACGGAUACCGUGAAUGUCUUUUUGGGUAAUGGACGGGCCCAGGCGGAUGGUAGUGAUCCUAUCAUAACGCGGUCCGACAUUGUGAAAGAAGGAUGGUUAUCGAAGGAGUCGCGCAACGUUCGCGAGUGGAGGAGAAGAUACGUCGUGCUCACGAAUGAUUGUACUUUUUGUUUUUACUUGUUGUAGUUACAGUAAUAUAUUUCUUGUUGUAUGUUUGUAUUGUUCUGGUAUCUAUUCGGUAGCCUGAUUUUGAUCAUAAGGGAAAAUAAGAAGAGAAUCCUUGUGAUCCAAUUCAGACAGGUUACCAAAUACCGAAGCCAUUCAAUUCUGUUCAUAAACUUUUUCAGGUCUCGCCACAUUCCGUUCUGGUCCUGAGGAGAUGUAUCGGUGGUCGGACGCUACCGAACUUGUGAUGUUCGGACAGAUGAUGACCGUACGAUCUGCAGACCACGAAACCGGCAAGGAGAACUCAUUCUGCAUGCAGAGGCAAAAGGACGGCAAAUAUUUCUACUUCUUGGCGGAUUCCGCAAGCGAAAAAGAGUCUUGGGUCGGCGCGGUAGGUCGCGCGAUGGUACGAAGAACCGUGAUGAUAGACGGAAACAACGGGCGCGAUGACGAUGAGGAAACCGACUACGCGGAUGAAGCGCCAAUUGCGUCGCCACAAGCUCGUGGAAGCAGCGUCUAUGGAGGCUUCGCGCACGAUUCAGGGUCAACGUCAUUCAAUCCUAAUGACGAUCAUCAAUAUGGACAUGGAGCAACUGGCGAUUAUGGAAAUAGCGGACAUAUUGCACAUGUUGACCCCACGCAAUCGUAUCGCUCGAGUGGAUAUGCGUCCAGUGAUGCGCCUGUGGUCGCUACUCGUCGGGAAGAUUUUAGAUAUCCACCAGGCAGCUCGGGCACUCGAGACGUCUAUGCGGCUGACGACUUACCCGACAUUUAAGAAAUAGCGUCUGUUUUUGCCUCUAUUCCAAACGGACUCCCGUCUGGAGUCAUGAUAUAAAAGACAAAAGAACGCAGCAAAGCCUGUAGUUCAUUACAUACGGUUUUCUUCAUCUUCGCGCAUCCUUUCCUCCAGCAGCGAUUGACACUCAUUUCUGAGCUACUCCGGGCCCCCGAUGUUGUUACUUUCUCUUUCGUUACAUUAGACGAAUGAAUUCAAUUACUCAUUUAAUACCAUGAUGAUCAUGAUGAUUCUCCUCCGCGUUAUCGUGUUUGGUUAUCAUUCCGCUCCUUCUCGGGUAGGAAUUGCUUGCAUCGGAUUUGAUUCUUAUAUAUCAAUGUCGGCGUUGUCUUAGUCUUCAUCUUCCACUUAGAGAUACUUGGCGACCUGCCCCUGCUUAUCGUACUCCCUCUACCCGGCAUAAGAAGUAUGAUCAUAUUGGCCUUGCGGUGUGUUCCGCAAUCUUCGGCUUGAUAAAUUAUCCCCCCGCCCUUUGCGUUCGCCGAGCAUAAUAUCCCUAUCAUAAUGACACACCACAGAUAGUAUACUUUUUUCAUCGAGUCAGUUGUUGAGACACACCACGCAAACGCUAGAUUUA